AUGGAGGUCGACGCUGUCUCUGAGAAUGGCGGCAAGGUCAAGGCCGCCAAGGCGCCCCUGGCGGUUGCCAACAAGGGCGGCAAGACGAUUGAGGAGACCUACCAGAAGGUUACGCAGGUGGAGCACGUCCUGCUGCGCCCCGACACGUACAUCGGCAGCACCGAGCGGCAGCAGCAGCAGCUGUGGGUGCACGACGGCGAGCGGAUGGUGCACAAGAGCAUCGACUUCGUGCCCGGCCUGUACAAAAUCUUUGACGAGAUCUUGGUCAACGCCGCCGACAACAAGGUCCGGGACGCAAGCAUGGACACACUGCGGGUGGACGUGGAUGCGGACAAGGGCUCCAUCAAGGUGAUGAACAACGGGGCUGGGAUCCCGGUGGAGGUGCACAAGACGGAGGGCAUCUACGUGCCGGAGCUCAUCUUUGGCAACCUCCUCACCUCCUCCAACUACAACGACAACGAGAAGAAGGUGACGGGCGGGCGCAACGGGUACGGCGCCAAGCUGGCCAACAUCUUCUCCACCAAGUUUGUGGUGGAGACGUGCGACGGCAAGCGCGGGCGGCGCUACAAGCAGACCUUCACCCAGAACAUGUCCAAGAAAGGGCAGCCCGUCAUCACCGACUGCAAGGCGGACGAGAACUGGACCUGCAUCACCUUCUACCCUGACCUGGCGCGCUUUGGCAUGGAGGACCUGGAGCAGGAGUCGGUGGAGCUGAUGCGCAAGCGGGUGUAUGACAUGGCGGGGCUGCUGGGCAAGACGGUCAAGGUCUUCUACAACGGCCAGCGCCUCAAGGUGAAGUCGUUCCAGGAGUAUGUGGACAUGUACCUGGGCCCCAAGGACGAGGGCCCCACGCGCGUGUACGAGCGCAUCUCAGACCGCUGGGAGGUGUGCAUCGCCCCCACCGAGGGCCAGUUCAACCAGGUGUCGUUUGUCAACGCCAUCUGCACCAGCAAGGGCGGUACCCACGUCAACUACAUCUCAGACCAGGUGGUUAAAUACCUGUGUGACAUGAUCAACAAGAAGGACAAGAAGGCCAACGUCAAGCCCUUCAUGGCCAAGAACUACCUGUGGGUCUUUGUCAACUGCCUCAUCGAGAACCCCGCCUUUGACUCCCAGACCAAGGACACGCUGACGCUGCGGGCCAGCAGCUUUGGCUCCAAGUGCGACUUGCCCGACGCCUUCCUGAAGAAGGUGGCCAACUGUGGCGUGGUCAACUCCAUCCUCUCCUUUGCCUCCUUCAAGGCAGACAAGGAGCUGAAGAAGGGAGACGGAGCCAAGCGCCAGCGCCUCACCGGCAUCCCAAAGCUGGAGGACGCCAACGACGCGGGCGGCCGCAACAGCGCAGGCUGCACCCUCAUCCUCACCGAGGGAGACUCGGCCAAGUCGCUGGCGGUGGCGGGGCUCAGCGUGGUGGGGCGCGACCGCUUCGGCGUCUUCCCCCUCAGGGGCAAGCUGCUGAACGUGCGGGAUGCCAGCGCUGCCCAGAUCACCGGCAACGCCGAGAUCCAGAACAUCAAGCAGAUCCUGGGCCUGCAGCACGGCAAGGUGUACACUGACGCCAAGAGCCUGCGCUACGGCCACCUCAUGAUCAUGACGGAUCAGGACCACGACGGCUCCCACAUCAAGGGCCUCAUCAUGAACUACUUCCACCACUUCUACCCCUCCCUCCUUAAGCUGCCCGGCUUCCUGGUGGAGUUCAUCACACCCAUCAUCAAGGCCACCAAGGGCAAGGAGACCAUCAGCUUCUACACCAUGCCCGAGUACGAGGAGUGGUCGGAGACGCACAACACGCGGGGCUGGACCAUCAAGUACUUUAAGGGUCUGGGUACUUCCACCGCCGACGAGGCCAAACAGUACUUUGCCAACAUCCAGUCGCACCGCAAGGAGUUUGUGUGGGACGGCGAUGCCGACGGGCAGGCGCUGGAGAUGGCGUUCAGCAAGAAGAAGGUGGAGGACCGCAAGCAGUGGCUGCAGGCCUUCUCGCCCGGCACCUUCCUGGACCACACCGCUGACACCAUCUCCUACUCCCAGUUUGUGCACAAGGAGCUGAUCCUGUUCUCUCGGGCCGACCUGGAGCGCUCCAUCCCCAACAUGGUGGACGGGCUGAAGCCGGGGCAGCGCAAGAUCAUGUUUGCCUGCUUCAAGCGCAACCUGAAGACCGACGUCAAGGUGUCGCAGCUGUCGGGCUACGUGUCGGAGCACUCGGCCUACCACCACGGCGAGGCCUCGCUGUCGGGCACCAUCGUGGGCCUGGCCCAGGACUUUGUGGGGUCCAACAACGUCAACUACCUGGUGCCGCAGGGCCAGUUUGGCACGCGGCUGCAGGGCGGCAAGGACGCCGCCAGCCCCCGUUACAUCUUCACCCGCCUGGCGCCGCUCACCCGCCACCUGUUCAACGAGCACGACGACCGCCUGCUGGCAUACCUGAACGAGGAGGGGCAGAGCAUCGAGCCGGAGUGGUACAUGCCCGUUGUGCCCACGGUGCUGGUGAAUGGCGCAGAGGGCAUCGGCACCGGCUGGUCCACCUCCAUCCCCAACUUCAACCCCCGCGACAUUGUGGCCAACCUGCGGCUCAUGCUGGACGGCGAGCAGCCCGUGGCGAUGAAGCCGUGGUACCGUGGGUUCAAGGGCACCAUCGAGGAGGUGCCCACCAAGACCAGCGGCAAGUCGUACCAGAUCUGUGGCGUGAUCAACCAGGUGGACGACACCACCCUGGACAUUACAGAGCUGCCCAUCCGCAAGUGGACGCAGGACUACAAGGAGUUUCUGGAGGAGAUGGUGAAGCCGGAGGACAAGAACGCCACCCCCUUCAUCCAGGACUACAAGGAGUACCACACGGACCUGGUGGUGCACUUCCGCGUCACGCUCAGCGAGUCCAAGAUGCGCGAGGCGCUGGCGGCGGGGCUGCUGGACAAGUUCAAGCUGAAGACCAAGAUCUCCACAGGCAACAUGAUGUUGUUCAACGCCGAGGGCGCCAUCCAGAAGUACGCCUCCCCCGAGGACAUCCUGCGCGACUUUUACGACCUGCGCCUCGCCUACUACGUCAAGCGCCGCGCAGCGCUGCUGCGGGCUGCCGAGGCCGACCUGCUGCGCAUCAGCAACAAGGUGCGCUUCAUCCUGGCGGUGGUGGGCGGCCAGCUGAAGCUGAGCAACCGGCGCAAGAAGGAUGUGGAGGGCGAGCUGGAGGAUGAGGGCUACGACAAGCUGCCAAAUCAGAAGAAGGCGGCGCAGCAGGCAGCCAUCGACGAGGGCGAGGAUGGCGACGGCGAGGGCGGCGCCUCAGCGCCCGCCUCCUACGACUACCUGCUGUCCAUGCCUCUGUCCAGCCUGACGCUGGAGAAGGUGCAGGCGCUGCAGUCGGAGUCGGAGGACUGGCAGGCAACUGUGCAGCGGCUGCGGGCCACCACGGAGAAGGACAUGUGGCGGUCAGACCUGGACGCGUUUGAGAUGGCGCUGGAUGGGUUUGAUGAGGAGGCGGAGCGCAAGGGGUCGCAGCUGGUGCGGCAGCAGGCGCGGGCCAAGGCAGGGCAGAAGGCACAAGCAAAGAAGGCGGCGGCCAAGAGCAAGGGCAAGCGCAACCAGUGGAGCGACGACGAGAGCGACGCCGACCUCUCCAGCUCAGAGGACGAUUUCGAUGACUCUGAGGAUGAGCGCCCGCAGCCCAAGAAGGCGCCAGCGCCUCGUCAGCGGGCCGUGCCAGCACCCCGCGCCGCGCCUGCGCCUUUGGGCGCCACCAGCAUGCAGAUCAGCCAGCAGACGGGCGCCGCUGCGGCGGGCACCAAGAAGCCGGCAGCGGCUGCACGCAAGCCGGCUGCAGCCAGGCCCAAGGCUGCGGCAGCUAAGCCGGCGGCCAGCCGGCAGGAGAGCGAGGAGGAGGAGGAGGCGGCGCCGGUGGCGGCGCCACCGCCACCACCGGAGGAGGAGAUGAGCCUGCUGGCUCGCCUGGCUGGCCGCAUGGGCAAGCUGGGGCUGAGCCCCGGCGGCCCUGCCGCCGCGGCGCCCACGCCCUCUGCCAGCCGUGGCACAGCGGCCACGGGUGCGGGGGCGCGGCCGGGCCGUGCAGCCGCCGCCGCUGCGGCCAAGAAGACGGCCAAGGUGGUGGUCAUCAGCGAGGAUGAGGAUGAGGAGAGCGAGGAGGAGUCUGAGUCUGAGCUGGAGUUCAGCGACGACGACGACGAGGUGUGGCUGCUGCUGCUGGUCAACAGCCCCGCCGUCAAGCCGGAGCCCAAGAAGCGCAGCAAGCCGGAGCCCAAGAAGACGCUGGCAGCCAAGGCCAUGGCCAACACUAGCAAGCCCAGCGGCAGCGGCUCCUACGACUUCGACCUGGCCAACGAAGAGGCGGCCUCGCCCGUGCCAGCGCCCAAGGCCAAGGUCCAGCGCAUGCGCCCCAGCCCCUUCAACAAGAACUCGGGCAAGCCCAAGGCGGCGGCCGCCGCCGCGCCACGCCCGGCCAGCAACCUGGGCAAGAAGGCGGCGGCGCCCGCGGCGGGCGGCAAGGGCAAGGGCAAGGCUGUGGUGGAUUCCUCCGACUCUGAGGACGAGGACGACGUUGUGGACAUGACCAUCUCCCCCGCCCCCGCCCGCCAGGUGGCGCCCCGCCGCGCGGCGGUCAACAAGCCGGCGCCCAAGUACAGGGAGAGCGGCAGCGAGGAGGAGGAGAGCGAGAGCGAGAACGAGUCGGACUAUGCCCCCUCCGACUGA